AUGCCUAAGCCCAAAGCCUUCCUCAAGCAAUCCAAGGCGAAGAAGAAAGCAGAGCAGGUCUUGGAGACAGCCGAUGACUUCCAGGCCGCUGGAGUGGACUUCGAAGAAGCGGCCGGAAAAUGGAGAGCGGGGGAUGCUGUCAAAUCGAUGCGGUUCUUCUCUAGGGCGAUUGAGGUAUAUGAUCAGGGGUUGACAAAGUUCCCCAGUAGUCUUGACCUUGCAUACAACAAGUCGGUCUCCGGUGUCCACCAUCCAUCGCUCCUUUGCUGGUUAUUUGGGGACGAACUGACAUUUUCCAGAGCAAGAGUUCUUCUCGAAAUGGGAACCGACCCAAUUCUCGCGAAUCAAUUGCAAAUCCCACUCCUGGAUGUGCUGCAACAGGCCCUAGAUUCGCAUCGCUAUGCCCUCAGUCUCGACCAGGAGAAUCCAGACACUCUUUUCAACACUGCCCAGGUCUUGACAGCCAUUGCCGAAGCUUAUGCCAAAGACCCUAAUCGAGCGGACCAAGAUGCCUUGCAGCCCCUUGAAGAGGCUUUGGAGCUUCAAAAUCGGUGCUUGGCUAUCCAAGAGCUCAACCUGGAGGAGUUCGUCCAGCGGCGUAACGAGGCGGCCGCUCAGAUAGCCUCAGCCAACUUGAACUCAGAGCCUUCCGAACCUGUACCUACGAAGUCUGAUGAGAACCAUCACCCUUCAGCGAGCGACACUGAAGAUCAAUGGGUUUCAAUUGUCGAACCAGUGACAAAGGACACUCUUAUUGAGACUAUCCUAGCCGCGCUUGCAACUCUGACAACCCUCUGUAGUGUUUUGGGAUCUUCAACCGCCUCAGCUCCGUCAUCGAGCCUGGGUUGGAUCGAAGAAUUUUCUUCAACAUUGAUCAACACCAAGUUGCCAGUUCUUCUCGAAGAUGCAGAAGCAGAGAGAAUUCAGGAAGUCGUAUUAACACGGGCCAUUUUUGUCUCGGCUUUGCUUGAAGCAGGUUACCGGUUGGGGUCCAUAAACCCGAACACCUAUAAGCGAGAACGAGACGAAGCAUUUCGGGUUCCCGAACUGGACCUGGAGAAGAACUUUGCCGCCUUGGUCGCUAACGCGAAUAGUCUUAUGUCAUUCAAUGCUGCUCUUGCGGACGAUGAUUCGUCCAAUGCUGUGUCUCUGGCAUCUCAAAGAUGGAAUGCUUUAUCUGCAGCGAUAGCCAAUAUGGCCGCCGCUUCUAAGAUCUCGGGUCCGGUCCCCGAGGACAUCGCUGAAACUCACUUUAUUCGUGGGAAUUGCUCACUUUUGCAAUAUCAACUAGGUCAGCCCCCAGUAUCGUACCAACCAUCAAUGGGAAAUGCGACCCAACUACUGAAGAAUGCGGACAUCUUCUACCGCAAUGCCACUAAGCUGUACCAAGACAAUGAGCAAAAGGCCGUUUCUCAGCUCAGGGCUGUCGUCUCUCAGGCUUUGCUGGCUGGAAAGAAUCCAAUUUUCGCUACUGCUGAACACGACUGGGGAAGAGGCGGUGACUGGGCGAAAUCGCAAAUCGAAGAUAUGGUUGAUGAUGGACUCAUAUUGCCCACGCCUGACGUUCAGUGA